GACCAUACCCAUUACCAUAAAUAAUUCCAUUCAUCCAUUUAAUCGACCAAGGGCUGAUAAUAAAAAACAUUCGAUAAUAUUUUAUUUUCGUAAAAAUAAAUGUCUAGUUUGUGGAUAUAUGUUUCGAACAGACCCCAAGGUAUCGACCAUGAAAAAACAUUUCGCCACAAAACAUAACGAUGAUUGGAAAGAAUAUGUUAAGAAUGGAAAAUUUAAUGAAAAGUUACUUCUCGCAAAGGAAAUUGUCAAAAAAAGCGUAAAGAAACCCGAUACAAGUGAUCUGAUUCAAAAACUUCAAAACACCAAAUCUGUAGAGAAAAAAAAUAUUGUUAGGAGAAACAAAAAUGUUAAGAAACCUUAUAUUAUUAUUAAGAAAAGUGAUCCUCUUGUGACAGGUUUAAACCGUGAAAUUAUGAAUAA